AUGGAAGUCUUAAGACGCACCUAUUGUGUCAUGAGGGAGAAAGCAGGGUCAAGCCGCUACAUUGUGAAAGCCGCGGACAGAGACCUACCAUACAGAGCGAUCAGGGUCAGAUACGUCGGCAGCAUCGACCCAGAAAUUGCUACCGACCCAGGAAAGCGCCGCUCAUACCCCGUCGUCCACUUCCUCACCCCGCUCUUCGACACCAGUCUCCAUGAGCUGAGGAAUCCUACUUGGACGUUCAACACCGCUCACACCCUCGCCCUUCAGCUACGCAAGACCGUCGCGCUGUUCCCAAAGCACGCGCCAUACCUGCUGAAAGACCACAAGCUACUCAUAUUUGCGCGACUAUUCCUCAUGGGCGAUGAGAUCGCAGCGUUGUUGGAGACAGUCGGUAUUGAAGUGGGAGAUAACUGGCACGAGCAUACACGGGAUGAGUUCCUAUGGACAUACUGCGGUGAUUGGGAGAAAUGGUCGCUUGAUUGCGUUGAGCGCACUUACUUGGCGACUCGUGAUGAGAUUCGCUGGUACGUAGAAAGCGACGUUGAUAAGGAUGGGAACGUUAUCGUGGCAGCGCCGGAGGAUACAAGCAAUGGCAAAGAUAGUGAUGGGAAUGAUGGCGGGAAUGAGCAGGCUGAGAACGACGAGUAUCUCGAGUUGGAGGACUGA